AUCGUAUACUUUUUCAGCAAAAAAUAGUAAUUAUACAAUAUUAACUCAAUUUUCAAAUAUAAAACUUUUUCAAUUUGUUCCACUUUUAAAUGUAGUUUAUAAAAAACAUCGAAACACUUGUGUAAACACACAGAUCUGAUGACGUGCGACAAAAUUUGAUUUUCUUCGACAAAUGUGUGAUGUGUAUACAAUACAAAAAACGAUGACAGCAAUGUUUGAAGAAAAUAAAUAAGAUCAUCAGUAUACUCUGUGAACCCGUUAAAAACUUAAUUGCGUCUUGGUGUAGAUUUAAACAAUUAUUUUUAAAAACCGUCAAGCAGUACAAUGUUCGUUCUUAAAGUUGUAUUGGUAUUGAGCGCAGUCCUAUGGAACGUUGCGUCGGGGGGAUUGAUAAUGUAUGACACCAAGUCUUUUUUAUUUGAAGUGAUGGAAAACGAUGCAAUAUGGGCUGAACUCCUCAACAUCGGGAUAAAAAUAGAGACGUGUAUAGUGUCAACCUCAGCCCGAACAGUACUUCAUGAAAUGGGAAUGAUCACGGUGAAUAUCCAAAAGCUAUGCAUGGCAAAGGAGGCGAUUGAUUAUGGCUCGUCGAAUCAUCAAACGGUGUUAGAAAAGUUUAAAUCUAGACGGCAUAGGAAAAAGUUGAUAAUGUCUAAAAAUACGGAAGGUGAUAGAUAUGAAGAUUUACUAGCUAAAAACGAGAUAGCUGACGAUGAAGGAGCGAUGAAUGUUUCAUCGAUGAUGGCCUCAUAUAAAGUUGAAAAUCUUCAAAAUGAUAUUGCCGGUGCAAGUCUAAGCACUGAUACGGAGUACGAAAAACCCGUAGACAAAACCGUAGUGACUAUCAGUGCCUUGCAAGUACUCGUCCAUAUAAUUUCUACGCAUUACGAGGAGAGCGACGCGCUAGAAUUCGGUCUGUCCGUGAUCGCAUCAGCCAUCAAGUGUCAUGUUUUACAGAUCAUUUCAAUUAUGUUGCGAGCCAUUGACGAGGAGACGAUCAAUGAUUAUAAAUCUGAAUGGUAUAGCGAUGUUUGGGUUAGCUUAGAGCUGUUCAUAGACAAAAUUGCCUGGCUCAAAGAGACGCUGGCAAUCGAGAGUACAUUGUACCGAGAAUGGGAAAAUUUGAUGCUCCAUACUAAUACGAAUGUCUUAGAACCAGCCAUGGAUGAGUUAGAAUUUAUUCGGGAUCUCGUGGACGAGAGUCUAUAUUCUGCAUGCGAACACAGCUCACACGAUCAGAUCGCUAAAAUUUUGAAAUUUAACUCCGAAAUCGAUCGCUGGACAUUUCCUAAAGGCAUACGAUCCAUUUUCAAUAAAUCUAACAAAAAAUUACGAAAUAUAUUUCAAGCCAUACCAAUCAGCACUAUGGAACCAAAAGUCUGGACUAGUUAUCUCAAUAAAAUGGUGACAUAUUUUAAGAUUCUUAUUAAUUCGCCUGGGUUCAUCUAGUAGUUUAUUAGUAUGACCAUGAUUAAUCAAUAUAUUUUGUACCGUUUAAUUUAUAUAGUUUACACAUUUUCAUAAUAUUAUUAUACUUUGUGCUUAAUAUAAUUCCGAUUAUAAUUCCGAUAAUGUCAAUAAUUUUUUUUUACUCCGUAAGUACUAAGUUCAUGACAUUUUUAGCAUGGCUAUGUUUGAUCCUUAUAAAUAAUAACAAUACAUUCUAAACCACGAAUGGAUGAAAUAUAAAAUGAAAUGAUUCGUAAACGUACUACGUUUCAAAAAAUUUGUCUACCGAAUAAGAG